ACGGGUAGGCUUUGGUGAGGCAGCUUUGAGAUGGGACCGAUACCUUAGUCAUGAUUGCUUUUGGUCUGUCGCUGGUCCAAGCUGAAAGAAGUUGAGACGAAAGUAUAUGACCCCCAUUUGCUUCUGGCAUGGGCAAUUGUGUUGUUACAAGCAUUCAGGACAGUUUCUAACCAUAUGGUUCAGGCUCUCUUCUCUCAUUAAUUACAGAGCUGGGCGCUAAGGGAAAGCUCACUGACUGAAGAGUCUUCAUCCAGCGAGUCUCCAUCCUAGAGAAACAAAGCCGAUUGACCGAGUUCUGCAUCUCCAUGCUACAGAGGCAGAAUACAAACACACAUUUGCCACAACGUUGAGCUCCGGCGAUCAGCGCUUCACCUCAAGGAAUUGAUGUCCACCAUGGCCACGUUUCGCUUUGGGCAGCACAUCGUAAAGUCCUCGGCUGUGUUUCUGAAGACGGAGCUGUCCUUCGCACUAGUCAACCGAAAGCCGGUCGUGCCUGGUCAUGUUCUAGUUUGUCCUCUCCGCGUCGUCGAGAGAUUCCGAGACCUUCGUUCUGACGAGGUGGCGGAUCUGUUCAUGACCACGCAGAGAAUAGCCGAUGUGAUUGAGAAACACUUUCAGGCAUCCUCCCUAACCAUCGCCAUUCAGGACGGACCCGAGGCAGGACAGACGGUGAAGCAUGUCCAUGUUCACGUGCUUCCAAGAAAAGCUGGAGACUUUGAGAAGAACGACAGCAUCUAUGAUGAGCUUCAGAAACAUGAUCGGGAAAAUGAGGAUGUUCCUUCCAAAUGGAGAUCAGAAGAGGAGAUGGCGAAAGAAGCGACAGAAUUACACAACCUCUUCAACUAGCUUCUUUAGUUGGAUAUGGAGGACAUCAACAAGUUGCAGAUGGAAGACAUCGAGAAGUUCUUAUCUACCUUGAGCGUCUAUUCAAAUAAAAAAAAUAGUUUA